UCUCACCCCUUCUGUUCAGUGAAGAUUCUUGCUGCCUUAGAGAGGCAAGUGUUUGAUUUCCUGGGCUACCAGUGGGCCCCUAUCCUAGCCAACUUCCUCCACAUCAUCAUCGUCAUCCUGGGCCUGUUUGGCACCAUCCAGUACAGACCCCGCUACAUCGUGGUGUAUGCCAUCUGGACUGCAGUGUGGGUCACCUGGAACAUCUUCAUCAUCUGCUUUUACUUAGAAGUAGGAGGGCUCUCCAAGGACAGUGAACUCCUGACGUUCAACAUCUCACGGCACCAGUCCUGGUGGAGUGAAAACGGCCCUGGCUGUGUCAGGAAGGAGGCUUCCACAGCUGGCAUCAAGGGGCUGGACAGCCACUCCUACGUCUCGGUGAUCGGCUGUGCCCUGGAGUACCGGUACAUCGAGGUGAUGCACAGCUCCUGCCAGAUCCUGCUCGCACUGGUGGGCUUCGUCUAUGCCUGUUAUGUUGUUAGUGUUUUCACAGAAGAAGAAGACAGCUUUGAUUUCAUUGGUGGAUUUGAUCCAUUUCCUCUCUACCAUGUCAAUGAAAAACCCACCAACCUUUUGUUCAAGCAGACAUACCUGUAA